GUAAUGAUCGAUCAUCUAAUAAGCAGAGAGAGAGCUACUAGCAUAGCUACAGCAAGUUAAGGAUGAAAAUGGAGAGGGAAUCACUGCAAAUGGGUACCACUGCUCCUCCUCAAACUCCUCAAAGUAGAAGGAGUAAAAGUGCUCAUGUGCUAGUGUUCCCUUAUCCAUUUCAAGGCCACAUUUGCCCGAUGGUUGAAUUCUCCAAACGCCUUGCCUCAAAGGGUGUUAGGGUCACCGUCGUGAUCACAACCAUUUCUGCAGCCACCAUGUCCAUGAAGCAGUUGCUAGCAGCUGAACCCAAAAAUAAGACCUCUUUAAGGGUGGAGAUCAUCUCUGAUGGCUCCGAACACCUUCAAAAGUCGGAAAACAAAGACGAAGUUUUCAAUAGGGUAGCUACGCAAAACUUAUCCAGCCUCAUCUCCAACAUCAAGAACAAGAAGGAUCACGCCUGGGACAAUGAUAGUAGUGAUGAAGAUGAGGAUGACUACCCACUCAAGUGCGUCAUUUACCACUCAGCCAUGCCAUGGGUGUUAGACAUAGCGCGACAACAUGGCAUAGAUGGAGCUCCAUUUUUUACGUGUGCAGCUGCGGUUACUGCCAUCUUUCAUCAUUUCUAUGAAGGAGUAUUGAAGAUUCCUUCAAAAGAUGCUGCAGCUAGAACAUCUAAUACCACAAUGCUAAUGCCUUCCAUGCCUGGACCGCUAGGGUUCAAUGAUCUACCAUCGUUUCUAUCUGACGUUGAUGCCUACUCAAGUUUUCUUAACUCUACCAUGAAUCAAUUCUCCAAUAUCGCCGAAGUAAAAUGGAUCUUCCACAACACUUGCGAGAAGUUGGAGGAACAGGUACUUAAAUGGAUGGCAAGUCAGGACUGGCCGGUUAAAACAAUAGGACCAACAAUUCCAUCAUCGUUUCUGGACAAACGAUUGGGGGAUGAGAAAGAUUAUAGUCUGAGCCUGUUCAAGCCUGAUCAUGUGGAGACUUGCAUGAAGUGGCUAGACUCCAAGGAAACUGGCUCGGUGGUUUAUGUAUCGUUUGGAAGCUUGGCAAACCUAACGAAGGAGCAAAUGGAAGAACUAGCAUGGGGUUUAAACAAUAGCAACUACCACUUCUUGUGGGUAAUCAAAGAGUCAGAAAAGCAAAAGCUUCCGAUCAAUUUCUUCGAGGAGAUAUCAGAGAAGGGUCUUGUUGUGAGUUGGUGCUCCCAGCUUCGAGUCUUGGCCCACAAGGCCGUGGGGUGCUUUGUUACUCAUUGUGGAUGGAAUUCGACACUUGAGGCAUUGAGCUUGGGAGUGCCGAUGGUGACAUUGCCGCAAUUUGCUGAUCAAACAACGAAUGCUAAGUUUGUUGCAGAUGUGUGGAAAGUAGGAGUGAGAGUAAAGUUGAAUGAGAAAGGGUUUAUAACAAAAGAGGAACUAGAAAUGCGUGUUAAGCAGGUUAUGGACAAGGAGGUAGGGGUGGAGAUUAGAAAGGCUUCACUAAUUUGGAAGGAGUUGGCUAAGGAGGCCGUGGAUGAAGGAGGAAGUUCCGACAGGAACAUUGAGGAGUUUGCGGCACAACUUCGAUUAUUAUCUUGAUUGAAGUUAAAUAUCAAUUACAAUGUAUUGCAUGUAUCGUCGACCUUUUUUAUUAUCUGCAACUAUUUUGGCAAUGUAAUAAUGUACUUAAUUUGAUGAUUAAGCGUUUUAAGUUAAAGAUAGGGGUUUUUUCCA